CUUCCAUCCGGGAUGAAUUUCACCGAAAACGGAACCUGGCUCGAUAACGACACGAUCCGGUUCGGAUGCGACGGUUCGUCCUACAUCCCGGAGGGGAUCGCUUCCCUUCGGUUCCAGAUCCUGAUCUACCUGGCGUACAGUUCGAUCUUCCUGACCUCGAUCGUCGGUAACAUCGCCGUAUUCCUAGUGGUUCAUCUGCUACCUCGGAUGAACACCGUUACGAACCUGUUCAUCGCGAACCUCGCCCUCGGUGAUAUGCUGAUGGCCAUCUUCUGCAUCCCGUUUUCGUUCGUUUCGAUCUUCGUGCUACAGUACUGGCCCUUCGGCCUGAUCAUCUGCCGGAUCGUCAAUUAUUCGCAAGCCAUAUCGGUACUGGUCAGUGCGUACACCAUGAUCGCCAUCAGUGCCGAUCGAUACAUUGCCAUAAUGUGGCCUCUGAAGCCCAGGGUCACUAAACGUCUGGCCAGGAUCCUCAUCGUCUUCGUUUGGACUGGAGCUCUGCUGACCGCCGCUCCGAUCCCGGUCUUCUCGACCUUGAUUCAACCCAUCGAGUGGUACGACCAAUGCGAUCUCUCCAUCUGCACCGAAGUAUGGCCCGAUGAUCAGUCCGACCGCAGCUACUCCAUCACCCUGAUGACUCUUCAAUUCCUCGCUCCACUGAUCGUACUGGUCUCUACCUACGUUCAGAUCGCCUGGAAGGUUUGGGCCAAGAGCCCCCCGGGUGAAUCGGUCAAGCAGCGCGAUCGCCGGAUUCUCCAAUCCAAGCGUAAAAUGAUCAAGAUGAUGAUCACCGUGGUGGUCGUGUUCACGGUCUGCUGGCUGCCGUUCAACAUCUUCAUGCUGAUCCCGCUGGAUCCGGACUGGAAACCGUUGCCCUAUCUGUGGUUCCUGUUCCAUUGGCUGGCCAUGUCGCACAGUUGCUACAAUCCGGUCAUCUACUGCUACAUGAAUGAGAAGUUUCGCCAGGGGUUCCUCCAUUUGGUGCAUGCGAUCGAGCGCCGGUGCUGCUGCUGUUACGAGCGGAUCGCCGUGCGAAGGAAAAGCGAUGCCAGCACCAAUACGGAGAUGAUUCAGCUGUUUCCGAGCACGACCAUGCUGACGACCAUCAGCGCAGGCGGGGGCAGUCGGGAGUGCUGCCGGAUGGGGCACAAGGGGUGUGCAGUGACGAGUGGCGAUCGUUUUGGGUAA